AUGAGACUCCGCGAGAGUAUCCGGCCACCUGAGCGCUUCAACUCUGAGCUAGUCAUUACACCAUCAUCAAAGAGGACUUUACGCGAACCUAGAAAUCUGAGAACCCCUCGUUUUAUCGAUUACAACCCAAACCUACCUCCUGCUGCAUUUCCCACGCUUGACCCGGCCAACCUCUCCCAAUUGAGGACUGGUGAACAGGAUCCGGCGAAAGUUGAGCCCAAUGGCGUAACUAAAGCGGUGCAACGCGACAGCAGCUCGAUUGACCUUCACAGGAGCGAUGCGGAAGAUAAAGAGACAUGGGAGAAACUUGAAGAUAUCUCAAUCGAUUAUCUUGAGGAUCUCAUUGCGAGCAACGGGGAACUCAAUCCUAUCUAUGUCAGAAACAUGGAAAUCAUGGCAACCGCAGACGAAGAAUCGUCUUCUGAUAUGGACAUGGAAGAUAGCGAUCUUGACGAGCCGAUGACAGACAUAGAUGGCCGUCACGCAGAGUCCAUCAAAUUCAUUCGUGAUCCAGAAUGGUCUGACCUUUCUCCAAGAUUGCAAACAGAGAUCGCCAAUAACCUCAGCCAACACUACGGAUGGUCCACAGUCUAUAGCAGGCUUGGCUUGGAGGAGAAAGAACGCGAGGAGUUACAGGAGCUCAUCAGACACCGUGACCAUCAAGUUGCGAUGGAAGACUCGGCGCUGCAUGCGAUGAGGGCAAAACAACUCAGAGCGCUCCUCAGAAUCGAUAAUAGCUCGGCGAGUCGCAACAGGAUACCGCACAAGCUGGUCUUUCGCAAAAUUUCCCGCAAAACAACCCAAAGGCUCAGAGACAACAUAGAAACGGACUAUCUCUUGUGCGAAGUUGGGGAAGUCCUGAACGCCAGACGAUUCUUGCAAAAGCGUGGGAUCGAAAUACAUUAUGCCGGGGAAUGGAGUGGCAGUGUUGUGACCUGGCCGAGGGCUCAAAAUGGAUCUGAUUCCGGGAGAAGGGAGAGCCAAGGAGAUUCGAUGGUCACUGGGCCAGUGACUCCGUUGGGGGUUGGUUCGAUCACCGUAAACGACCAUAGACACGAUUUCGCUGAUUUUAGUAGGCCCAAUCCGGCUACUCCUCCCCAUCGCAUUAUUCGCACAACUGAAAAUAUUGAGGGAACUCUGGUACAGUACCAAGAAAGAGAUCUGCCUCCUCGCAGACUUUAUCAACGUGAACCAGGUACCCGACGACUGAUCGCCCGCUUAAAAAUUGGCCGGCCAAGAGCUAUGUUUCUUCAAGCAUGGGAGCAGUCUGUUCAUCCGCGAAGAUUGGUACGAUCGUAUCCACCUCUCGAUGUCUUCUAUAAGCCAUCAUCAACACCUCGAGAAUUUGACAUGGCAACUGGUACGGCAUUAACCUCGGUUGCAACUUCGAGUCACUCCGCUCUAGACGAUUUCACGCAGUCGCUACGCAAUGCCAUCGACGAGGAUUGGCAGCGAGGCUUACUUGAGCUCGACCGUACAUCUUUGAUUUCCUGUUGGACGAAAUUCCAGCGAGAGUUACAACAGGCCACAUUUGACCCAGACACGCGCGAGCUUGUGGAAACCUUGGACCCGGAUUUACACAUCGACCGUGAUUCAGAGCUUUCUGAGGCUGUACCAUGUAUCAACCAUACAGAUAUCCGCACCUCUUCACGGUCAAUAACACCUGGUAGAAUUAUGUCACCCAUGAGCGUUGAAUAUGUCCAAAGUGGAGAAGAUAGCUUGGCACCAUUCAGCGAAGCAAGAACUCCACGUACAAACUCUGUCUUCGAUAGCCCUGGGAGUAGCUGCUGGGAAACUUCUUCGGAUCGUGCAGCGGCAUACUCGCCCAUGACACCAAUGACCACCGCUACCAACACUUUCGAGAUGCUUGAAGACGAUCACAGCGAGAAAAGUGACGAUGACUGGGAGGAUGCAGAAGGCGAGGAAGAAGAGGACGAGAUGAUUUUGGUACCAGCCAUGGGACCAUACACUCGACUUCGCACUUCCGCCAUGUCAAAUAAGAAGAUCGAACAGUGGGAAAUUGAGCGGUAUUGGGAGAUCUUCUCCUCAUUGGCAAAUGGCCAUCCGCGUCUAAAUAGCUCCCAAGCGGCAUCGGUGCUCAGGAACAGUCGGCUUCGCGAUGAACAGCUUGAGAAAGUAUGGGAUUUGGCGGAUGUUGACGGCGAUGGAGAGCUGGACUUUGAGGAGUUUUGCGUUGCUAUGCGAUUAGUCUUCGACCUUGUCAAUGGGGAACUGCAAGAAGUCCCUCAAGUAUUGCCCGACUGGCUCGUCCCCGAGACCAAAGCCCACCUCGUCCAAGCCGGCCGUGCGCUGAGCGGUCGUCCAGAGCAUUUUGAGCGCAUAGAAGACGAAGACGAUACACCAGGCUUGAAGGACGGCUUCGACUGGUACAUGAAACCCUCCGACAGAUCUAAAUACGAAGAGAUCUAUUCCGCCAACCGUAACCACCGUGGCGAGAUCACAUUUGAAUCACUACAAGGCUUGUACGACUCCCUCGACGUCCCCGACACCGACGUCCGCUCCGCCUGGAACCUAGUCAACCCCUCUGCCUCCCCCGCAAUCAACAAAGACGCCACCCUCGCAUUCCUGCACAUCCUCAACUACCGGCACGAGGGCUUCCGCAUCCCCCGCACCAUCCCCGCCUCUCUCCGCGCCUCCUUCGAGAACAACAAGAUCGACUACCAAGUCGACAACGCCCGCCCCGCACAAAGGUGGGGUGCAGACGGGGACACGGAGACCUCAACAGGGCGCAAAUCCAAGUUCGGCGACACGUAUCUGAGCCGCUUGGGUGUGGGUGGGAAGGGCUCCUACACGCCCAAGGGCACGGACUUCAGCGACACAAUCCAGGACGAAGAAUGGGAGAAGGUGCGUCUGCGGCGCGAGCUCGCGGAGAUGGAGGCCAAGCUUGAUGCCGCCAACAAGGCCUCCGAAGGGCGCAGGGAUCGGCCCCGGAACGACGGCCGGCCUAACUGGGUUCUCAUUAAGAAGGAGGCGCUCCAGCUUUUGGAGUACAAAGAGCGUGAGCUCCGGGAGCUGAGAGAAGGCACGGGGAGAGCCAAGGAGGGUCAGGAUCUGGAGCGGUUACGGGAGGACAUUAGGACCGUCGGGGAGCAAGUUGACGGAUUGAAGAGCCAUCUCGCGCAGCGGAAAGAUGUCCUUGCUGAUUUAAGAAGUCAGAUUGAGGAGGAAAGGGUACGGCGGUAA